ACCAGUUUUGACAUCGUGCAGGGGUUGGCAGUCAUUGAUAGUAAAGUAGCAGGAAACUAGAAUGUUCCUGAAGCCAGGGACAAACGUGAAAUACAAUAUUAAACAAAGGUUUAUUUAUGUCCGUUCCAUUGUACAUUCAGAAAUUAAUCUGGGGAUCAUUUGAAAUCGCCGCUGGAACCUGUUACUAAAUGAAAAACCUCGACACCGGAGUGAUUGUAAAUCUACUUCAGCAGGUUAUGUAUCAUAUAAAAUAACGAGCAACUGCUACAUUUUUCUCUGUAAACUAUCAGCAUUUAUUGAAAAGAAAUAACUUCCGGCAAAAUCUGAAGGAUUGGAUUAUUCCCGAGUAAUGUUGGCCUUGCCUUCAAACAAGUUAAUGAUGACCAGCUGAGCGGACCAUUAAGUGGAUACUAUAUUAAUGACUUCACACUUCCUACAUUUGGAAUACAAGGGAACGUAAUAAAUUGGACAAAAUGAUUUUGACAUGGUUGCCAUGAAGACUGAUAUCUUGCAGGCAUCAGAAAGUCACUUGAACAAUGCAUGUAACAACCCACCAGUUGCCAGUUCUGUCGAUCUGUUGUCAGAGAAUGCACAGAAGCCACAAUAUGUAAUGGAGGUUUCAGGCAGUGAUGGACAUCUCCCAUCAUCAGUGGUCAGAACUAGCAGCACUUCUAGUGAUAUUCCAAUCUGCAGAAUUUGCCAUGAACCUAGUGAUAAGGAAAACCUGCUGUCCCCAUGUGAAUGUUCAGGGACUUUGGGGACUGUUCAUCGCAGCUGUUUGGAGCAGUGGCUGGCAGCAUCCUGCUCUAGCCACUGUGAACUGUGCCACUUCGAAUUUGCUCUUGAACGAAUGUCAAGACCACUUUCAGAGUGGCUGAAGGAUCCUACACUACAACAUAAGAGGAGGAUGUUAUGUGGAGACAUUAUCUGUUUUCUUUUCAUUACGCCAUUGGCUACUUUGUCAGGUUGGCUGUGUGUCCAAGGAACUAUUGACCAUUUUUACUUCAGUAGCAGCAUAGAAGCAGUUGGACUUCUUAUCCUUUCAGCCGUCCUAAUUACCAUUUACCUCCUCUGGACGACUGCUUCUUUCCGAUACCACAUGUCCCUGCUGAAAGAAUGGAGAAGGACCAACCAAAAGGUUAAACUGCUUAUUCCGAGAUCACAAGUGUUUCUCAGCAACCAGCUAAAUCUCAUAACUCAAAAUUCAAAUAUUAUUGUUUCUAAAGAAACUAUAGUCUAACUUUAUAAGGAAUUGCCUUGAAAGAGGGACCAAACUUCUAAAUUACAGAAAAUAAUAGUGCAAAAAUGGGUUAAUAAGGUGGACUGAACAGUUAAAGAAUGACUUUUCAAUUAACCCUGCUUGUUCUUAAGCAUUCUGUUACUCUGCUUGAUUGCAGACUAUUUGUCAUUAUCAGAUAAGGACAAAUGAGGCAAAGAUGAAUAUUAGAACUGGUGGUAAACCGAUACUUCUUUGUACCUUUUAUUCAGAAAUACCUGUUAUCCACUUUGCGAGUUCUUGUGUUACUUAUCAAAGCACAUUGAUGUGUUUUCAAUUAGUUGUCAGGUAAAAAUAGUUAUUUUCUCAUAGCGGAAAUUAAAAUGACCAGAUAGGAAUUAACUCUCUCACUCUGCUUUGAUUAAUUUAGAUGCUAUAUUUGUUUAACAUGGAUCUUGCUGUAAUUGAUUCAUUUUCUGCUGUAGGUUUAGCAUUGGUGAGAGCUUGCUGCUCUGGACUGCAGUACUCCAGUACACAUUAACUACUCAAUCUCUGAGGCUUUUAAACAGUUUAUUGUAUGCCACACACAGGCACUUUAAACAAUGAGCUAAUAAGUUUUUAAUGGGUUCAUUGUGUUCCUUGUUUGUGGAAUACAUUCUCCUUCAAAAUUAAUAAGUUUAGAUUUGCUUAUUUUCAACAACUCAUAACUACAGAACAUCAAAAUAUCAUUUUAAUACAAACUAUAUAAGCAACUAACACAACUGUUAAUCUUUCAUCAUAAUAUUGGUUUCAGUUUUCUAAGUUUGACAAUUUGAUUAUAAGAAAUGUUUUGGUUUUACUACCUGUUUAAAAUUAAAAAAAUAGAUAUUGAAAUUGACAGGCUUUCAAAAAAAUAA